AUUCCUAAACAAGGAACCGAUGUUUCGACAAAAAUCAAAGAAGCUCAAUCGAUAUUUUCUUCGAUUGUUCUAUGGUCUUACAACACUGGUCAAAGCCGCAUUGCAAAAACAUCAUAGCAGUCCUAGUUAUAAUCAAUUAUAGUGGGACAACGUCGGCACAAAACAACAAAAGCGCAGUCAGGAAGCAAUAAUCAUGUCGUCGGCCAGAGACCUGAUCAAAAUCGACAUAGAAUGGGGAAUGGAGCGCCUGGUGCGGGCCCAACAAGUUGUGGAACUGCGUCCAUACGACAUCGAGUCGUGGAGCGUAAUGAUCCGCGAGGCCCAAACGCGUCCCAUUCACGAGGUCCGCAGCCUCUACGAAUCGCUGGUUAAUGUGUUUCCCACCACCGCCCGCUACUGGAAGCUCUACAUCGAGAUGGAGAUGCGCAGCCGGUACUACGAGCGCGUGGAGAAGCUCUUUCAGCGCUGUCUGGUCAAGAUAUUAAACAUCGACCUCUGGAAGCUCUACCUCACCUACGUGAAGGAAACCAAGUCUGGUCUCAGCACACACAAAGAAAAAAUGGCGCAGGCAUACGAUUUCGCCCUAGAAAAGAUCGGGAUGGAUCUGCACUCGUUUAGCAUUUGGCAAGACUACAUUUACUUUUUACGCGGCGUCGAAGCAGUAGGCAACUAUGCGGAGAACCAGAAGAUAACCGCGGUGCGUCGCGUCUACCAAAAGGCGGUAGUGACACCUAUUGUGGGCAUUGAGCAGCUGUGGAAGGACUACAUCGCCUUCGAGCAAAACAUCAACCCGAUUAUAUCCGAGAAGAUGAGUCUUGAGCGAUCCAAGGACUACAUGAAUGCCCGUCGCGUGGCCAAGGAGCUGGAAUAUCACACCAAGGGCCUUAAUCGAAAUUUGCCCGCAGUUCCUCCCACUCUGACCAAGGAGGAGGUGAAGCAGGUGGAGCUGUGGAAGCGCUUCAUUACAUACGAGAAGUCCAAUCCGUUGCGCACCGAAGACACCGCCCUGGUCACCCGUCGCGUCAUGUUCGCCACGGAGCAGUGCCUGCUGGUGCUGACCCACCAUCCGGCUGUGUGGCACCAGGCCUCUCAGUUCCUGGACACCAGUGCUCGCGUGCUCACCGAAAAAGGCGACGUCCAGGCGGCUAAGAUAUUUGCGGACGAGUGCGCCAUCAUACUAGAACGUUCCAUAAACGGCGUGCUUAACCGGAAUGCAUUGCUCUACUUCGCUUAUGCGGACUUUGAAGAGGGCCGGUUGAAGUACGAGAAGGUGCACUCCAUGUACAACAAGCUGUUGCAGCUGCCGGACAUUGAUCCCACACUGGUAUAUGUUCAGUACAUGAAGUUCGCUCGACGCGCCGAGGGCAUUAAGUCUGCGCGUGGCAUCUUCAAGAAGGCGAGAGAAGACGUUCGCUCACGAUACCACAUCUUUGUGGCCGCCGCCUUGAUGGAGUACUACUGCUCGAAGGACAAGGAGAUCGCUUUCCGCAUCUUUGAGUUGGGAUUGAAGCGAUUUGGCGGCAGUCCAGAGUACGUGAUGUGCUACAUCGACUACCUGUCACAUCUGAACGAGGAUAACAACACGAGAGUCCUAUUUGAGCGCGUGCUCAGCUCGGGCGGCUUGUCACCACACAAAAGCGUGGAGGUGUGGAAUCGUUUCCUUGAAUUCGAGUCCAACAUUGGGGAUCUGUCCAGCAUCGUCAAGGUUGAACGUCGCCGGAGUGCCGUCUUUGAAAACCUCAAAGAGUACGAGGGCAAGGAAACCGCCCAGCUGGUGGACCGAUACAAGUUCCUGGAUCUCUACCCCUGCACGAGCACCGAACUCAAGUCCAUAGGAUAUGCAGAGAAUGUGGGCAUCAUCCUAAACAAGGUGGGAGGCGGAGUGCAAAGCCAAAACAACGGGGAGGCCGAGGCGGAUAGCGAGGCUGCGCCACCGCUUCCACGUCCGGAUUUCUCGCAGAUGAUUCCCUUCAAGCCGCGUCCAUGUGCUCAUCCAGGUGCCCAUCCGCUGGCAGGCGGUGUCUUCCCGCAACCGCCGGCUCUGGCCGCCUUGUGCGCCACCUUGCCACCUCCGAACUCCUUCCGCGGACCCUUCGUCAGCGUGGAGCUCCUCUUCGAUAUUUUCAUGCGUCUCAAUCUGCCCGACUCUGCACCGCUUCCGAACGGAGACAACGAGCUGUCGCCCAAGAUCUUCGAUUUGGCCAAGUCGGUGCACUGGAUCGUGGACACGAGUACGUAUACGGGGGUGCAACACAGUGUCACGGCCAUUCCGCCGCGAAGGCGACGCCUCCUUCCCGGUGGCGAUGACAGUGACGACGAGCUGCAGACAGCCGUGCCGCCCACCCAUGAUAUUUACCGCCUGCGCCAGCUAAAGCGGUUCGCCAAGUCCAACUGAAGUCCGCUGUCUAGCCAGAUUUCCACGUAUUUUUUAACUAAUGCAUUUACAAAAAACAUACUGAAAAUAAAAAGAUAAACUAAGGUA